GCGAGCCCAGCCCAGCCCAGUCCAGCCGCGCCGAUCGCCGUCCGGCCCGGCCCGGCCCGGCCCUCGGGGGGCCGCAGCCCAUGGAGCUCGAGAACAUCGUCGCCAACACGGUGCUUCUCAAAGCCCGCGAAGGCGGUGGCGGCACCCGAAAAGGCAAGAGCAAGAAAUGGCGUCAGAUGCUGCAGUUCCCCCACAUUAGCCAGUGUGAAGACUUGCGGCUGUGCCUGGAACAUGAUUACCACAGCCUGUGUGAACGGCAGCCCAUCGGGCGGCUGCUCUUUCGGGAGUUCUGUGCCACUAGGCCCGAGUUGACUCGCUGUAUCUCCUUCCUGGAUGGGGUGGCAGAGUAUGAGGUGACCCCUGACGAGAAGCGAAAGGCAUGUGGGCGGCAGCUAAUGCAGAAUUUUCUGAGCCACACGGGUCCUGACCUCAUUCCAGAGGUUCCUCGGCAGUUGGUGACAAACUGUGCUCAGCGCUUAGAGCAGGGGCCAUGCAAAGACCUGUUCCAGGAGCUCACCCGGCUGACCCACGAGUACCUGAGCAUGGCCCCCUUUGCUGACUAUCUUGACAGCAUCUAUUUCAAUCGUUUCCUGCAGUGGAAGUGGCUGGAAAGGCAGCCAGUGACCAAAAAUACCUUCAGACAAUACCGAGUCCUAGGCAAAGGUGGUUUUGGGGAGGUGUGUGCUUGCCAGGUGCGGGCGACAGGCAAGAUGUACGCCUGCAAGAAACUAGAAAAGAAACGAAUCAAGAAGCGGAAGGGGGAGGCCAUGGCGCUUAACGAGAAGCAAAUCCUGGAGAAAGUGAACAGUAGGUUUGUAGUGAGCUUGGCCUACGCCUACGAAACCAAGGAUGCCCUGUGCCUGGUGCUGACGUUGAUGAAUGGCGGGGACCUUAAAUUUCACAUCUAUCACAUGGGCCAGGCCGGCUUUACUGAGGCUCGUGCAGUCUUCUACGCCGCUGAGAUCUGCUGUGGCCUAGAGGACUUGCACCGCGAGCGCAUUGUGUACAGGGACCUGAAGCCAGAGAACAUUCUAUUGGAUGAUCACGGGCACAUCCGUAUUUCUGACCUGGGCCUGGCCGUGCACGUGCCUGAGGGCCAGACCAUCAAAGGCCGUGUGGGCACUGUGGGUUACAUGGCUCCGGAGGUGGUAAAAAACGAGCGGUACACCUUCAGCCCUGACUGGUGGGCUCUGGGCUGCCUACUGUACGAGAUGAUCGCGGGCCAGUCACCCUUUCAGCAGAGGAAGAAGAAGAUCAAGCGCGAAGAGGUGGAAAGACUUGUGAAGGAAGUGGCAGAGGACUACACGGAGCGCUUCUCCCCGAUGGCUCGCUCACUCUGUUCCCAGCUCCUCUGCAAGGACCCUUCGGAGCGCCUGGGCUGUCGUGGGGGCGGCGCCUGCGAGGUGAAGGAGCACCCACUUUUCAAGAAGUUGAACUUCAAGAGGCUGGGAGCUGGCAUGUUGGAGCCUCCAUUCAAACCUGAUCCUCAGGCCAUUUAUUGUAAGGAUGUCCUGGACAUCGAGCAGUUUUCCACUGUGAAGGGUGUGGAGCUGGAGCCCGCUGACCAGGACUUCUACCAGAAGUUCGCCACGGGCAGUGUGCCCAUUCCCUGGCAAAAUGAGAUGGUGGAAACCGAGUGCUUCCAGGAGCUGAAUGUCUUCGGACUGGAUGGCUCUGUACCUCCAGAUCUGGAUUGGAAGGGUCUGCCACCAGCAGCCCCCAAGAAGGGCCUGCUACAGAGACUCUUCAGCCGCCAGGAUUGCUGUGCCAACUGCAGCGACAGUGAGGAUGAGCUCCCGGCCCGCCUCGAGCUCCCCACACACCUCGAGCUCCCUACCCGCCUCUAGCCCCCCGACUUGAAAACACCCUUUUUGCCCCCCACCCAUGGUGGCAGUGCCAGCGACACCAUGUGCCAUCAGCACUUUGGCACAGCGCAGCGUGCCAGGAGUGCCAGGGGCUGUGCCAGCGAUGGACCCCAUGGAUGGGAGUCUAAGCGGGUGCCAGCUGCAGCUGUGCUCCCUCAACCCCCUGUCCACCGACGCCUUCUGCUCUGAGCUCAGCUAAGGCAGGAGCGCCCCUUGGUCUCCCUCUCGCUCUCGUGUGGCACAGACACAGAUGAGCAAUUAGAGAAGUAAGCGCAGCGUUCACAGUACCUGCUCCAGAGCUGGGCCGGGGACCAACAAGGCCCAGUCAAGGCUCCCCCAAACACCCUGAGGCCAGUUGGAGCCCUAGCACUGUGCUCCCUAUAUCCUGACUCCAAACUCGUGCCUCGCCCUGGUCUUCUGGAUUCUGGGGGGUCCCCGCAUCCCAUUCUGAGGUUCUCUGCUGGAGCCGUAGGUUGUCUGUCAGCCUCCCCCCAAGGCCUUUACCAAAGUGGGACCGAAACGAGGCUGCCCUGGCACCUGCACCCCCCCAUUGCCAGCUGCCCCCACAGGGCUUAACUUCUGCCAUCCAAUUCCAGGAUGCUGUGUCCCCCACACCAGGCCCCACCCUCAAGAUGCUUCUUCCUGGAAUGGGGACAGGGCAUCCCUAUUGCUCCCCUCCAACAUUCCAGAAGCCUCUCCUAUCCCUAGACACUCGUGCCCAGCAAUACUCCAGCCCUCCCUGUGCAGGUGUCUGUGCUGUGGGUGUGCGUGCUAGUGUGUGAGUGAGGAGUGCGUGAGGGGGUGCAUCAGGCUGAAGCCACCUCCCAGCCUUGAUCCUCCGACUGUGAAAGUCCCUCUACUUUGUGUGAGGGUCCAGUGGGAACCCAGGGCCCGGGUUUCGUUUCAUUUGUUGUUGUUAUUUGUUAUUUGUUAGUUUGCAUAUUUAAAGCCAAUUUUUUCUUACUCUGUGUUGUGCUGGAAACUGCCGUGCGUCUGUGUGAAUAUAGUUGGAGCACAAA